UUAAAAGAAUGGCGUUGACUUGUAGACGGAUUUUCCAAUUAAAUAAUGUGUUGAAACUAAAUAAAGGGAAUGUUUUGACACAGUGUAAAAGGUUUAUCGGUGAGGCCUGGGUGGCUGGAAGCUGUAUAGAUCCUGCUCUGGGUUUGAACGAUGAACAGCGUUACUUUCAAUCUCUGGCCACUGACUUUGCAAAGAAUGAGCUGCACCCUAACAUGAAAGCAUGGGACCAGGAGGAGACAUUCCCAGUUGAGACAUUGAGGAAGGCUGCCGGCCUUGGGUUUGGUGCGGUGUAUUGUAAGGAAGAGUUUGGGGGCACUGGGCUGUCCCGCUUAGAUACAUCUGUCAUAUUCGAAGCAUUGUCUCAAGGAUGCACAUCCACCACAGCGUACAUCAGCAUUCACAACAUGUGUGCCUGGAUGAUAGAUGAGUUUGGAAAUGAUGAGCAGCGAGCCCGCUGGAUACCCAGCCUCGCAUCCAUGGAGAAGUUUGCCUCCUACUGUCUCACUGAACCAAACCAUGGCAGUGAUGCGGCAAACCUGACCCUGUCUGCAAAACUAGACGGUGACCACUACAUCUUGAAUGGUUCAAAGAUGUUCAUUAGUGGCGGGGGUGACUCUGAUGUGUAUGUUGUGAUGGUGCGUACGGCCGAGAAGGGGGCUGCAGGGAUCUCUUGUAUCGUCGUGGAGAAGGGCACACCUGGGCUUGACUUUGGCAAGAAAGAGAAGAAGAUUGGAUGGAACUCCCAGCCGACACGGGCUGUGUUGUUUGAGGAUUGUCGGGUGCCCGCCAGUAAUGUGAUUGGUCAGCCAGGAGACGGUUUUAAGAUUGCCAUGCGGGGCCUCAACGGUGGCAGGACCAACGUUGCCUCAUGUUCCCUGGGUGCUGCUCAUGCCAGUAUAGAGCUGGCCAGAGACUACCUCAAGGUGCGCAAGCAGUUUGGAAAAACUCUCGAUACCUUUCAGCACCUGCAGUUUGAGCUGGCAGACAUGGCAACACAGCUGGUGGCCUCCCGGAUGAUGGUGAGGCAGGCUGCCCGUGCCAUGGACGAUGACUGGCCCGAGAAAGUGGCUCUCUGCUCCAUGGCCAAGUACUUCGCCACAGAGGAAUGCUUCAAGAUUUGUAACCAGGCCCUGCAGAUGCAUGGAGGAUAUGGCUACCUGAAGGAUUACGCCGUUCAACAAUACAUGAGGGAUUGCCGCGUACACACCAUCCUAGAGGGCACCAAUGAGAUUAUGCGCCUGUUGGUGUCGCGUGACUUGCUGACGGACGGUGACAGGAAGUACUCAUAGCGGUCACGAUUUGGGGCUCGUCAGGGUUCCUGGGAUAAGCCAUCAUUCCCUUGGAUUGGCUGUCAUUCCUCGGGAUCAAAGAAGCCCGUGGUUGGGAAGUUUAAACCACAUCUGUGAUACUCUCAUCUGUAGUAACCUCAGUGUAACAUUUUUUACUUCAGCAGGCAUACACAUGUUCUACCUUUUAUUAACGAGUUCAUUAAUUGUGAAAUCUGUAUAAAGUGUUUACUUUAUGUGGGAUUUAUAUCAUUUAUCCUAUAAUAGCAGUUGUGUGCUAUUCAUUGGAAAUUUUGAAAACUGUUUUUAUCAAGAUUUGGAUGCAGAUGUAUUAAGGGCAUUUGAUUUAUUGCGUAUGGCUAUAUACCUCUUGAAUAUACAUAUAGUAAAUUGUGAUGUAUGUUCACACAAUAAAUUGGUCCUUACAUCUAUUCAGCAGUUCUAAUAGUCAGUAUUAAUCCUAAAAUCACUGUGGAGAUAUUUUAACUUCAAAAUAUAGCAGUUGUAAAAAAAAAAAAGUUGCUCAAGCAUUUGCAUAAAUAACAAAGAACAGUAGGAAGUACCGUACCUUAAAAUAAUUACAAAUACUGGAAUAUUAUUUUCAGGAAAAUGUCCAGAUAUUAAUUUUUUUGUCAUUGAUUUUUUUAUUUAAAGUAUUGUCCAUUUAUUUGGUUUGAAAUACUCAAAUAUUAAUCUGUUACUGUCAAAAAUGGGGUAUUCCUGUAAAAAAAUCAUCUAGUCUGUCAUUAUUAAGUUGUUGCAAAAUGUUUUAAAAAUUGUAACUGUAUUUUUUUAAACUACCAAACACGUAUGUACAAUUUAGAGUCUGUGUGAAAAUAAAAUUGUUUUUGCAAUACUGAUUUGUUGUCCUUGGUUUCCUAGAAUUAAAUGACUUGACUCACAGGGAUGGGGUGUAGCUAGUAGUGUUAACAGGAGCUGUAACUUUGCAAGGAUUACAAAGUUCAGCUGAAACAUGCAUGGAUCAGACUAAAAAUAUAUAACAUGCAAAACCUGAACCAGAAUUUCUGAGUCAAAGGGGCAAAAUAUGCAUUAUAUGCAAUAUCUAGU